UUUUUUUCCUUCUCUCUGAUAAAUAUACAUUUCUGGUCCACACUCCAGCACAGUAGGUGGCGGAUAUGCAUCUUAAAUGUUAGUUGCCACCCGCUAUUAUAAAACAAACCAGAAUGGCGAACGCGGGAAAUGAAGUCGUGUUUAAAAAGGAAACUGUUGCUAAACUUUUGGCACGCUCCUUCAAGGAGGACAAAACCAAAGUCAGCAGUGAUGCUGUCAUACUUGUAGCAGAGAUGUUGAAAGUAUUUGUUGAAGAGGCGACACGCAGAGCUGUAAAACAGGCCGACAGUGAGGACUGUGACACUGUUGAUGUUGAACACUUUGAAAAGAUUCUGCCACAGCUGCUUCUUGACUUUUAAUUUUGCUGAGGAGCCAGCAGAUGGCGACAUAACCUAGUUCUGCUGAACCUGAACAUUCUGGACUUCACUUUGAAUGUUCGCACAUGCUUCAUUCUUUAGACGUUGUAUUAAAGUGUAUUAGAUGUAUGACUGAUUUAAUAAAAAAACAAAACUGCUAUUUUAUUAAGUUAUUUUACAUGUCAUUCAAUACUCAUCAGCUUUCAUAUUGUUUAGCGGUUUAACUACGUGCCCCCUGCAGUUUUCUGUGACGAUGGGCCGAUUGGAAUGCCUGCUGGGUAACAGUGCUGUUAUUGCCUCCUGGUAAAGAGGUCUCGAGUCUCACCCCGUGGCUCUGCAGGCCACCUGUGCUCUGCUCAGCGGCAGGUGCUUCCAGCAUGCUUUGCCCUGCUCCCCCAUCAAAGCCUCUUGAAGCAGUUGGAAUUGAUUAAAGUAAUAAGGGAGGCAGCAAAGACCCUUAGAUGAUGACAAGUGGCAGGAAAAAGAAGCACCCCCCUCCGGCCACUUUGAAGUUCCCCCCUUCCCCUCGCUGUCCUGCAAUGUGGUAUAGUUGAAGGUGUCACGGAGGUGAGAGGGCACAGGGCGGAAUGUGUGUGUGAGUCUGCGUGUGUGUGUGUGCGCGGAGAGAGUGUCAGCCUGUUAAAAUUAUUGCGACCACACGCAUAGUUGUUCAGUUUUAGUGGAAGCAUAACAAAACAAAUUGGAACCAAAGAACAUGACACAGGAAGAGAGGGGUGUAAUUUUGAGUGUAAAUAAACAAGACGUCGAGUCGCUCAAGGGGGCUCCCAGUCCUUCAUCAAGGCAGAGAGAAAGCUUUUUGCUCUGAUAAUUUCACUCUUGGAGUUAGUCGAACCUGCCGCCAGUGAGUUUCCAGUUGUGAUGUUAAGGGCUUUGCUUGAAUGGGUUUGUUAUUAGAUAAGCAAAGGAAAAGGAAAGAUCAACAUGUUGUAUUUUGUUAGAUCCUGUAGUUAAGAGCAAUAGCAAGACAUAUUGUUUGCAUGUUGGAAACAAAAGUUAUUUGCUUAAUUUUUGUAUUUUUUCAGGUCUGGAAAUUUAAUUUAACCCAAGGAAUUUCUGUUAUGUGUAUAUGUAUGUGUAUAUAUAUGUGUAUAUAUAUAUGUAUAUGUGUGUGUGUGUAUGUAUAUGUAUGUAUGUGUGUGUAUAUAUGUGUAUAUAUAUAUAUAUAUAUAUUAUACACACACACAUACAUUUCUAGUAAUGUUCAGCUUUAAAUAUUUCAUAGGAAAUUGCAGUAAUACUUUGCUUAAAGCCUAUAUGUAUUGCAUUAUAAAGGUAUUCCUAAUGUGUGUUGUAAUGCAUUAUAUCUUUUCAUUAAAAAAAAAAAUGUAUCCAAUGUUAAAAGGCAUUAUACAGUUUGAGGGUUUGUUUGUAUUGUUUUAGUUCUUAUACUUUUUGAAGAAAAAAAAAAAAAAGUGUGACAGAAAUCCAAAUAUCAUAUAUCCAUGUGAAAAUCAUGGAUGUCUGCUUAAAAUGUGGGUGUCCUGUUCAAUAUUAUUGUACUUUUUAUCGAACAUAACUGCUUUAUAAAAUCAUACAUCUUUGAAGUUCACUUCAAACUUUGUAAUUAAACUUUACUUGGCAAAUACACGUAAACAA